UUCACGGAAUAUCAACACAUCGUUAACAAUAUUUGAAAUAUAAAAAAUACUUAUGUUCAAUGUCAAAUUUUUGCAUAAGAACCAUGUUUUUAUAUAACAAAUGUUGUAAACGAUGUACUGAUAUUUGGUGAAACGGAGAAAUACUCUUGCUCGGCCCCGAAAUUGGGUCUGAUAUCAGGGGGCCUACCGCGAAAACCGAAAUUCGCAAAUUGCGGGGAUCUUUCUCUUUUACUCUCACUAAGAUGUAAUUAGAGUGACAGAGAAAAAUGCCCGCAAUUGACGAACUUCGAUUUUCGCGGUAGGGUUCCUGUUGUCUGCCUCUAUCACUAAUCAAUUGUUUUUCUUUAAACUGUAUCUUUUGCUGAGGUGUGCCAAUAAAGAGUAUUCUAUCUAUCUAUAUACAAUGAUUGUCUCUAAAUAUCUCAAAAAUCUGCCUAUCUGCUUAUUCCUGCGCACAUGGAUCAUGCUGCAGUUAUUUACACACAGGCCAUCAACCCUGUCCGCAAUUGUGGUCAGGAUGCUGUUGGAGCUGGCCCGUACUCUGCGCACCAGGGAUGUGGCUCGUUUGCGCAUCGUGAACGAUGAUGUCGUGGGCGUGAUGACCACGGCGUGCAACAACGACACGGCUGGCGCUGCGCCGGAGAUCGUGCAGGUGUACGACAACGGGUUCACGGUGCUCGACGUGCGCUGCCCCGACGACUGCCCCGCCGGCGGCCUGGCGCUGCCGCUGCUGUUCUACCGGCCGGGCCCGCCCCCGCCUCCACCACAACACAUCACUGGGCUGUAGUAAACCACUUCUUUAAAGACCAAACAAACUACGACACUGUCAGAACUAUCAAAGUGACUUAUGUCACAGUCAAGUAAACUUUUCAGGUCUCGUCAACCUUUUUGUAAUAAAUAAUAAUAAAACAUUUAAUAUAUACUAA